AUGACAAAGAUUGUGAUUGUUGGUGCUGGUAUAAUUGGACUUUAUACUGCUUUUUGCUUGUUGGAACGCGGAGUUGAUGCAAAAGAUAUCACCAUAAUCGCCGAGUACUUGCCAGGAGAUGAAUCAAUCAAGUAUACUUCACCGUAUGCUGGUGGGAAUUUCUCAUGCAUAACUGGUGAUGAUCCUGAUGUGUUGGAAUAUGAUCGAUUGACGUAUAUCAAUCUUGCCAAAGUGCAAAAGGCCAUUGGUGGCAAGACUAAAGGAUUGGACAGAUACAAGUCAACCGAAAUCUGGGAUUAUAGUUUGCAAAAAGUCAAAUACGAUUCUUUAAAGAGUUAUUUACAAGAAUAUCAAGAAAUUGACAAGAGCAAGUUGCCUAGUGGUGCUGCAUUUGGUAUCACUUUCCUCUCAUGGAAUUUCAAUUGUCCUAAAUUCUUGAUGAAUUUUAAAAUCUGUUUAGAACAAAAGGGGGUGAAGAUAGUUAGAAAACAUUUAGAUCACAUCGUGCAAGCAUAUGGACAUGAUACCAAGCUUGUUUUCAACUGUACCGGAUUAGGAGCCAGAUCAUUAGGUGGAGUUGAGGAUAAAAAUGUUUACCCAGCCAGAGGUCAAGUAGUAGUGAUUAAAGCACCUCACAUUAUGGAAAAUGUUAUGCGUUGGGGUAAAGAUGAGCCCACCUACAUUAUCAAACGACCAUUUUCUCACGAUCAGUUGAUUUUGGGUGGAUUUUACCAAAAGGGUGAUUGGACUUCUGAUACCUUGAAGGCACAAACUGAUGAUGUGUUGAAAAGAACAACAACUUUGUUUCCUAAGAUCCUCAACGACAACCCACAUGGAAACAAGAUCGAAGAUUUGGAAGUGAUUAGAGUUGUCGCAGGUUUGCGUCCUGGAAGACAUGGUGGAACGAGAAUUGAAAAGGAAAAAUUCGAUGAGGGAAAAGUGCUUGUGCAUAAUUAUGGUGCUGGAGGGUAUGGUUAUCAAGCAGGUUUAGGUAUGGCUUAUAAGGCCGUCCAAUUAGCGUUAGAUGGAGCUAAGUUGUAG